CUCCUCCACAACUCCAAGUCCAACCCGCCGUCAUGAGAACAUCUGCUUUCCUCCUCUCGACCUUAGCCGCAUCGGCGUUUGCGCAGGAUAGCGUACAGAUCGACCUCGCUCAGAUCGCCAACGCACAAGGUAGCAGUGUACAGAAGCGCGGCAUUACCUCCACAGAGCUAGAGAAUGGAGCUUGCAAACAGAUCACUUUCAUCUACGCUCGCGGGUCGACGGAACCUGGUAAUAUGGGCAUCGUUCCAGGACCACAGACGUGCGACGCUUUGAAGUCCCAGUACGGCUCAGGCAACGUCGCUUGCCAGGGAGUGGACGGAGGCAAAUACAGCGCAGAUCUGUUCGGCAAUUUCCAACCGAAGGGAACCUAUCAGGCUGCCAUUGACGAGGGCUCGCGACUCCUCAAGCUUGCCAAUAGCAAGUGUCCGAACACCAAGAUCGUUGCAGGUGGCUAUAGCCAAGGUGCGGCUCUCAUGGCAAGCUCCAUCAGCACACUGCCCACUACAGUAAUGAACCAGAUCAAGGGCGUCGUGCUGUAUGGAUACACCAAGAACAAGCAGAAUGGUGGUCGCAUCGCGAACUUCCCGACAGAGAAGACAAAGGUCAUCUGUGAACUCGGCGACUUCGUUUGCGAUGGGACGUUGAUCAUCACUAUUGCUCACUUGUCGUAUCUCGAUGAUGUUGGCACAGCGAAGAGCUUUUACGUUGAUAGGAUCAACAAUCAUUAG